GUUGUUGAACUUAAAAGCUAAAACCCCAGAAUUUUGAGUUGAAAAUGCCCGUGCUUGAAAUCAAAACAUCGCGGUAUCUGUUUUUCAAGCAAAAGUGAUUACGCUGCCUUGGUUGGCACCAUGGAGAAUAUAGUUCAAGAGUUGAAAGGCAUGAGUGUGGAUGCUUUGCGCAGCCGUUUGCGAAGUUACGGUGAAGACGUUGGUCCCAUUACAAAUUCGACAAAGUUUCUGUUCGUUAAAAAAUUAGCUAAGAAACUUUAUCAGGAAAGAUAUCCUAGCCAUUUCCCUCCAGAUAACACGGAAGUAGAGCCAAAUCGCUCUUCGGCCGGUCCAGAUAAGAAAAGCGCGUUGGUGACGUCCAAGUCCCCUGUUCAAGGUGUUUCAAAUGUUGCUCACACAUACUAUGGGAUUUGUCUCCCCGAAGAUUUACAAGAUGACCGAAGCUUGAGAGAUGCCCAGCUGGUGUUUACAGACAAGACAGCUGCUCUGAAAGCUGUCAAAGCAUACAAAGGGUCACGGUUCAAAACCUUUAAAAGUCUUUCAGAGGCGGAGAAGUUUUCCCACUCAAAAAUUGAAAUCUGCUCCCCGCUUAAAUCUGCUGUGUCUGAAUUUAGUCAAGUGCCUUCCUCGGAAGGCAUUGCCUUUAAAGCCCCCAAAAUGCCUGAGUUAGUUGCUCUCAGAAAGUUAAUAGAGAAAGGGGAUGAGGAAAGCUUCCGAGAGACUGUGUGGACCAACCCUCGUUAUCUCAUCAGCAGUGGGGACACACCUGUUAUUUUACAGGAAGGUUUUCGCUAUAAUGCCCUACAUGUGGCAGCCAAGAGUAACCAACCCAUUAUGUGUCGCCUAAUUAUAGACACCAUUCAGAACAGUGGCUUCCUCAAGACUCUCUAUCCCAUGGACUCGGAGAUGACCUGUAACAACCGCAUCAAGUUUAUCACCGAUCUCUACCUGAACAUGCCUGACAAAGGGUUUUGUGAGAGCCCGUUACAUUUUGCUUGUAAGUUCGGCUAUGCGGAGGUGGUGGAGGUGUUUGCCUCUCAUCCCAGCACAGACAGAAAACGGGUGAACAAGCAUGGCGAGACUCCUAGUCAGGUUGUCUGUUCUCGUUGCUCAUCUCCAUGUAAAAGUUUGAGUGAAAGAAUCCAAAGCUUGCUUGAAGAUUCGUGUUUUGUCCCACUCUUGAGAUCGGAUGACAACUGUUCCCAGCCUGUGAUUGGUGAACCUUGGUCACCUGAGUCUGCACAGAGAAGUGUGCUUGCGCCGACAGCCUCCUCACAAAGCCCCAGGGACCCCCAGCUAGUUGUACGAGCCUACGCUGGACCUAUGUCCCCUGCAGUGGCUGACACAUUUCACCGCCACUGGGUAACUCCGCCGUCGGGUAGUCCUGAUCAUGUGAAAAGGCGACUGUCAGAGAUCCGCCGCGAGGACUGUGACAAGGGCAUUGAGAGGAUAGGCAGAAAGCUUGCUCAUGACCUGAAGGUUCCCUGGGCAGAAUACUGGCAGUUCCUGAAGGCUUACGUUGAUCUGCGAUCCAGCCAAGGCCUGAGUCUACUGAACAACCAUUUACGAGGACAGUACUUGAAUUUGUUCCCAGAGGAAUGUGCCAUAGAUCAGGGCUGGUUGUUAGAGAAGGACCUAAAGAACAGCAGUCUGUGUGAGUUUGAGGAAGACAGUCCCAGUAUCCUUGAUUCCUCUCACGAUGUUGUGUUUGGGCCAUAUGAGCCGUCCAGCCAGGCAGAUGGACUGGCCAGACUGGACCUUAGUGUCGCGAGAGAAGAGCAAAAUUAUGCUAAAAAACGAGGAAGUAGAUCUUCCAGCUCGUCAUCGGGGUCAUCAGGGUCAUCGGAGUCCAACUAUUCCAGCUGUAGGUCUGGCUCAGAGUCUGACGAUGAGACAUACCACAAUACACUGUCUCAGAAUACAGAGGAGAUGUCUUGCAAUACAGAGAUGUCUCAAAAUAUACUGGAGAUGUCUCACUAUACGCAGGAGAUAUCUCAUAAUACACACGAGCUGUCUCAUAAUACACAGGGGAUGCCUCACAAUACACAGGAGAUGUCUCACAACACUCAGGAGCUGGCUCAUAAUACACAGGAGAUGUCUCACAAUACACAGGAGAUGUCUCACAGUACUCAGGAGAUGUCUCAAGAUGCACAAGAGAUAUCUCACAACGCACUGGAGGGGAAGGCUGGUGAACGGGAGACUGCCAAUAGUGUGUCAGGAGGCAUGGUCAACCUCCCUCCUUACACAGUACCGGUGUGCGGAAGCUCGCGGGGAGACAAUGGGACAUUCCCACCACCAGAGGGGACCCCUCAGGGUAUGACAGCUGAUGCCUUCACCAGAUACAGAAGUGCCGCAUCUAGCAGCACUGAUCUGGAUACUUCCCCCGAGCAUACCGUGCGGCAUGUAACCUCCUCUGAGACUUCCUCAGAUAUCAGACUUCCUUGUGUCAGUAAGGGACAUGCACAGAGCACAGACAAGACACCUAUGUCACCAAGUUCCAUCGAAACUCUGGUGUCUUCAUUGGCAGCAGAUAUGGAAAGUAAACUGACGAUUUCUUGGGCUUUGAAUGACUCAAACAGCAAUGAAAAUGAAUCCUUUGCAAGGCUGGCAGCAUUGUCAGAGCAAGGGACCAGUGAUUUAGCGAAACCAGAAUCAUCAAUACAGGUGUCCACUUCAUGGGGUGAUGUUAGAAGUACAUGUAUACCUGUUGAAAAUGGUCCUGAGAAAAUGGUCACAGAUGCAGACGAGCAGAGAAUUUUGAAACAGAGCAAAUUUAGCCAUCUGCCGGGUCAGAAUGGCUGUAUGCAUUUCAGUUCAGUACAAGAGUCAAAUGGAAGGCGGCUGUCAGAGUCAUCAGGAGUGUCACAGGCCAGUCAACAGUGUGGUUCAUCAACAGUGUCAGAUAAAAGUCAAGUGUCUGGUUCAUCAGCAGUGUCAGAUGAAGGUCAGGUGUUCGGUUCAUCAGCAGUGUCAGAUAAAAGUCAGGUGUCCGGUUCAUCAGCAGUGUCAGAUGAAGGUCAGGUGUCCGGUUCAUCAGCAGUGUCAGAUGAAGGUCAGGUGUCCGGUUCAUCAGCAGUGUCAGAUGAAGGUCAGGUGUCUGCUUCAUCAGUGUCCAGUACAGUGAUGUCACAUACAUAUACAGCUGUGCCCCCAGGAACACCUAAAACACCUGUACAAAGUCAGUCUCGUUACCCAUUAAGGACAUCUCAGCAUUUCCCACCUCAAGUCUUCAUUCAAGGAACGGAGGCCACUAAGCUAGAUUUGGAUGUUUUGCGUGCGCUUGAAGAUGUGCCUGUAGACCCUCAACAAUUCCCUUACAUCCACAGGUGGAAGAAACUGGUGAUGUCAUUUGAUGAGGACGCAAGGCAAAGUUGGCCAACUCCUGCACGGGCCCGCUCCAGAACAGCUGUGAUUGACACCCAAGAUACAGCCUCUAGUCCUGUGCUUCGACUUAAGUCCCAAUCAUCUAUGGCCUCCCCUGUCACCUCUCUGUCAGCUGAUCACAACCACCAACACCUUCAGCCAUCCCGCCUCGACUUGGAUAGCUUCUAACAGAUUCUUUGAUUGGCUGACCAGGUUAUAUACCAGUCCUACCUGAUUGGUCAGGUUCAAUCUUCAUUCUGUGAUACAGUGGGGGAAAUCCUCAGCAACCUGGAGAAGGAGUCUUUAUCCAGUCUGUAGAUUUGUUUCCCUUGUUCCAGUUAUUAUUUUUACAAAUUUAUCAUUUGUCAUGGAAAUUUCAUGGACAUUCUCAUACAUUAAUCAUUGUUCUGGAAAUCUUUAAAGUCAUUUCUAUUUCAGCAAAAUAUAAACUAGUCUUACAAAGACAAUAUAGUUUUUAUGCUGAAAAUGUGUACUUUUCUAAGGUUUUGUUUGUGUUGAUUUGUAUGAGUUGUUUUACGUGUACAUAAAACUGUAGGCUACUCGACUACUUUGAGUCUCUCUCACUUAUCUUUGUAUGAAUUCUUCAUACUUCUGGAAUGGAAUGUUACAGGUACUGUUUUCUGGUACCUCAUUAUUUCAAUGUGCUAUGUACAUGUAUACAGAGACGUUUUGGUCUAGUGCACUUAGGUAAGGUGAAGCCGUGUCACUAAACUGACACUCACCAGAUUGCAGAAAUGGAUAAGGAUUACAGACCUGUCUGGUGGAUGUGUAUGACACACCUGUCUGGUGGAUGUGUAUGACACACCUGUCUGGUGGAUAUGUAUGACACACCUGUCUGGAAGAUAUGUAUAACAUGCAUGUAAGGUAGAUGUGUAUGACACACCUGUCUGAUGGAUGUGUGUGACACACCUGUCUGGUGGAUGUGUAUGACACACCUGUCUAGUGGAUGUGUAUGACACACCUGUAUGGUACACGUAUAUGACACACCUGUCUGGUGGAUGUGUAUGACAUACCUGUAUGGUACACGUAUAUGACACACCUGUCUGGUGGAUGUGUAUGACAUACCUGUAAGGUAGAUGUGUGACACACCUGUCUAGUGGAUGUGUAUGACACACCUGUCUAGUGAAUGUGUAUGACAUACAAGAUGAAACACUUUUUACAUUUCAAAACCUGUGUAUUAAAUACAUGUUUGAAAACUACUGUCUCUUUUAAACAUUAUUCAUCUAUAGAUGAAUACAUUGUCAAGCUUGACUAGGUGAAAGGACAUUAUGUGUUUGAAGAUUAUAAAACGUGUUUCACCUGUGUCAUCUUACCCCUUAAGUGGGGUAGAUGAUCCAGUCAGUGGGUUAAGAUGAUCCAGUCAGUGGGGUAAGAUGACCCAGUCAGUGGGGUAAGGUGAUCCACUCAGUGGGAUAAGAUGACCAAGUCAGUGGGGUAAGAUGAUCCACUCAGUGGGAUAAGAUGACCCAGUCAGUGGGGUAAGAUGAUCCACUCAGUGGGGUAAGAUGACCCAGUCAGUGGGGUAAGAUGAUCCACUCAGUGGGGUAAGAUGAUCCACUCAGUGGGGUAAGAUGACCCAGUCAGUGAGGUAAGAUGACCCACUCAGUGGGGUAAGAUGACCCAGUCAGUGGGGUAAGAUGAUCCACUCAGUGGGAUAAGAUGACCCAGUCAGUGGGGUAAGAUCAUCCACUCAGUGGGAUAAGAUGACCAAGUCAGUGGGGUAAGAUGAUCCACUCAGUGGGGUAAGAUGACCCAGUCAGUGGGGUAAGAUGAUCCACUCAGUGGGGUAAGAUGACCCAGUCAGUGGGGUAAGAUGAUCCAGUCAGUGGGGUAAGAUGAUCCACUCAGUGGGGUAAGAUGACCCAGUCAGUGGGGUAAGAUGAUCCACUCAGUGGGGUAAGAUGACCAAGUCAGUGGGGUAGGAUGACCCAGUCAGUGGGGUAAGAUGGUCCAGUCAGUGGGAUAAGAUGAUCCACUCAGUGGGGUAAGAUGACCAAGUCAGUUGGGUAAGAUGAUCCACUCUGUGGGGUAAGAUGAUCCACUCAGUGGGGUAAGAUGACCAAGUCAGUGGGGUAAGAUGACCCAGUCAGUGGGGUAAGAUGAUCCACUCAGUGGGGUAAGAUGACCAAGUCAGUGGGGUAAGAUGAACCAAUGCAUAACAAACAAAAACAUUUAAUAUUUUAUUACAGAAAAAACAGCUUCUUGCAAAGGUUGAGCAUAAAAUUGUUACAAGAGAUUCAAAAAAUGGUUUGCUGGCUCAUUUAUAAGGUUCCAUCCUAUGUCUAUAGUUUAACUCUUAAGUUCCCUCUUGGUUAAAUAUGCAGGGAAAUACCUGUUGGUUUGACUUGCACAAAGAGCCAGAUUGUAUGAUACUUGUGGGUAGCUUUUUAACAACAUCCUCUCUAGGAAAUGAUGCUUUGUCUUCCUGGUCUAUCAAAAAUGUUGGCUUGUCAUCAGCUGUAUGAAGUAGACUUGAAACUUGAGGAGCACACCCCCUAGUUUAUCAGAAGAGACAUCUACUCUUGGAAUGAAAUGCAACUCCUUCCUCUACCCCCUCUCAACUUGACAACUACAAAGUCACCUUCAUUUGUUUCAUUGUCCAACUCAAGGUCAUGGUCUGUGUCUAUGAGAUGCAUUUCUUCCUCUAGUAUCGUCCUCUACAACCUGAGUGCUCCUCAUUUUUUGCAAAAAGGCUUUUUAGUUGUUUUGCAAGACGGUUUGGAGAGAGAUUUUGCCUUGUUUCAGUUUUGCACAGGUGUAUUAGUCAAGAUUUUUGUCGAUCCUUUGUUUUGUCCCCCUUUAGAUUUUGUGGCUUGUGCUUUCAGGAAUGGCAGAAUGUCCGAUGGUGAUACACAUCUAGCUAGGGCGCCAGAAUGAAAGGCUGCAGGUGAUGCUAAAGGACUGUCCAGACCAGAAGUUGAUGUAGAUGGUAUUUGUGCUGCUGCAGAAAUAUUUUCAUCAGGACAAGGGGGCAUUAUUGUGCUCUUCUGCAGCCCCAUCUUCAUUUAUCACUGCACGGUUUUGUGUCAACGGCUCACUUUCGUGUCUAGCCAUCAGAUCUGGACGUGAUCCGUCAGUGAGGAAGAAGCAAAAUCUGUUUCUCUGAAAAGUGUCCGUUAAAGGGAUAUAUCCCUGUUGAGCAGAACCAGAUAGAUAGUUUCUAUGUCUUUGCAUUAACAUGGGCCUCUGUUAUGGUGGAUGGUAAAUCAUAAAUGGUUGCUGUCUAUUGCAAGGUUGUAUGCAGUUUUGAAGGGCCCAUAAACACAGCGGUCUAGGGGUUGGAGAUGGUGAGAUGUGUGAGGAGGUAAAGUUACCAUCACUGCACCAUUUUCUCUCUCUUAAUCAAUAGCCUCUAAAGAAAUGUGCGACUCCACAUUGUCAAGAAUCAACAAAACUGGGCACUCUUUCGUACAACGAAUGUGAUGUAUGAAGUGUUUCAUAUACUCCGAAUAGAGCUCCUCAUUCAUCCAACCAGAUCUAGUUGCCCCUACAAUUGCAUCGGGUGGAGCCCCGUUCAGGAAGUGAUCACGAAAGUUCAGCCUGGGCAACACCAGCAUAUCCUCCCAGAUAAGUGCUGUAAACUUGUUACUGAGAUCUGAAUGAGGAUAGAGAUGACUUUAUGUCAGCAUGUCAUUAUCCUCCUAGUAAAGUGCUGUAACUUGUCACCCAGUUCUGAAUGAAGAUAGAGAUGACUUUGUGUCUGCAGGUACAGUGUUUAUGUUUACUUAAUUAUCCUCCCAGAUAAGUGCUGUACACAUAUCACCCAGACCUAAAUGAGGAUAGAGAUGACUUUGUGUCAGCAUGUCAUUAUCCUGCUAGUAAAGUGCUGUAAACUUGUCACCCAGUUCUGAAUGAGGAUAGAGAUGACUUUGUGUCUGCAUGUCAUUAUCCUCCCAGAUAAGUGCUGUAAACAUAUCACCCUGACCUAAAUGAGCAUGGAGAUGACUUUGUGUCUGCAUGUCAUUAUCCUCCCAGAUAAGUGCUGUACACAUAUCACCCAGACCUAAAUGAGGAUAGAGAUGACUUUGUGUCUGCAUGUCAUUAUCCUGCUAGUAAAGUGCUGUAAACUUGUCACUGAGAUCUGAAUGAGCAUAGAGAUGACUUUGUGUCUGCAGGUACAGUGUUUAUGUUUACUUAAUUAUCCUCCCAGAUAAGUGCUGUACACAUAUCACCCAGACCUAAAUGAGGAUAGAGAUGACUUUGUGUCAGCAUGUCAUUAUCCUCCUAGUAAAGUGCUGUAAACAUAUCACCCUGACCUAAACGAGCAUAGAGAUGACUUUGUGUCAGCAUGUCAUUAUCCUCCUAGUAAAGUACUGUAAACUUGUCACCCAGUUCUGAAUGAGGAUAGAGAUGACUUUGUGUCUGCAUGUCAUUAUCCUGCUAGUAAAGUGCUGUAAACUUGUCACCCAGUUCUGAAUGAGGAUAGAGAUGACUUUGUGUCUGCAGGUACAGUGUUCAUGUUUACUAAUUAAGUAAUAGUUGUGUUAUUUUCAACAUGAUAGUUUAGUCCUUGUGAAAAUGAAAAUGGGCCAUGAACACUUGUGUUUGUCAUAAGCCUCUUUGUCCGUGAAUAUUUCCUCUCUGUUUCCCUGCCAGAUCUAGCCACAAUAAUUAACUUGCUUUUUGCCACAUCACCAUUAUCUGACAGAAAGAGGUCACUUCAAAGUGAUAAUCUGACGUAGUAACAUCAAUUAAAGGAGAAGAAAACUUAAAAACAUCUGAUGGUACUGCAUAAUUUUGCGAUUUUUCCUCGCCAUAAAGCUUGAAAACGGCAAAGCUGGCAUAAAUCGUGAGUCCGUCGCAUCCUCCAUCCCUGUAAUUCAUGCUGGGGGUGUGUUGCGUCUCAGCCAGUGAGAUUCGUUAAAACUGCCGGCUUGUUCGUGUAAACUCGGAACAUAUGUCCAACAUUCCUGUUUUUCCGAUCGUCAAGCGGAAAACGAACUGCACUGUUCGCUACCUUGAGGAAGAAGAGUUCUACUGGAAAUGGACGAACUGCACUUCGGGGGUUUCCGACGGCAGUUCUCCUCCUAACACAGAAAACUAGUUCUUUAGACAAAAUGGAGUCACCCACAGUGGAUUUUGGCGCUGACUUCAUUUAUAAUUUAUCAACUUGAGGUACAUAUUAGAUAUUUUUUAUGGCAUGCACCU